AUGUAUAAAUGCAUGGAUGUUAAUCGUUUUCAUUUCAUUGAAGGUGAUACCGAUUCAUCUUAUUGGGCAAUCGCUGGCGACCCAAAUCUUCCUAACACUCAAGCAUUUCAGGUGAUUGUUACCGAUAAACAAUUUUAUGAUAAAAACAUUUUCAAAUUCGCACCAUUUGAUUUCUUCUGUUUUGAUGAGAAAUUUAAACCUAAAUUAAAGAAUAAAGCUGAAGAAAAAGCACAUGAGAAAAAAUUAUUGGGUUUAGCAAUUGAGAAACAAGGUGAUAACAUGGUUGCUUUAUGUCCUAAGUGUUAUACAUCAUUCAACGGUUCAAUUGAUGGAAGUGAUUUUAAAAAGAUUGCACAAAAAAUGAAGGGUGUUAGUUUAAGACAAAAUAAGCAAUUAACACCUAAAAAAUAUUUGGAUAUAAUAAAUGAUAAAGUGAUAUUUGAUGGUCAGAAUAUUAAUUUACAACUUAAAAAUGGGUCAAUGACUCGCUUAACAAUCGGUAAGACUGCAUUAACAGGAGCACACACUAAGGCUGUAUGUUGUGAAAAUGGAUGUUGUAUGCCAUUUAUUUAA